AUGACGUCAUUUAGGCGCCCAGUUAAGCCAUGUUGUGGGAACGUGGAUCGUGUAAACAUUCGCGAAUCACACUUUUGAUAUGAUUUUUUGGGGUAUGUUGAACGGGUUCUUUCAUUUUUCACAAAGGUCCACACUAUGAAGGCACUUCCAGCAGAGACUGUGCGUUUGUUGUGCAGCUCACAGGUUAUAACAUCUGUCCUGAAUGUCGUCAAGGAACUUAUUGAAAAUUCACUUGAUGCUGGUUCCUCAAGCCUUGAAGUCAAACUGGAGAAUUAUGGAUUGGAUCGCAUUGAGGUCAGGGACAAUGGUUCUGGUAUCAAAGCUACAGAUGUUCCUGUGAUGGCUGUAAAACACUACACGUCUAAAAUCUCAUGUCAUGAAGACCUGGAACACCUGGAGACAUAUGGCUUCAGAGGAGAAGCGCUGGCAUCCAUAUGUGCCAUUUCAGAGGUUAUCAUCACUACCAAAACAGCCGACGAUGACUUUAGCAUUCAACAUACAGUUGAUCACAACGGUCAAGUUGUUUCUCAGAAACCAUCGCAUCUUGGCGAGGGCACCACAGUGUGUGCCUCAAAUCUGUUCAAGAACCUUCCCGUCAGACGGCAAUAUUAUUCCAACACCAAGAAAUGCAAAGAGGAACUGAAGAGGGUCCAGAACUUACUCAUGGCCUACGCUGUUGUUAAGCCUGAAUUAAGGAUCACCUUGAGUCAUAAUAAGGCUGUGGUCUGGCAGAAAUCCAGGGUGUCGGAUCACCGAGCUGCCCUGAUGGCUGUGCUCGGAGCGGCCUGCGUAGCCAACUUACUCCCCGUCCAACAUCGCCAGGAGCAACCAGAGAUUGACAUCGAUGGCUUCCUUCCCAAACCAGGCUCGGAUUUGAAUUCUACAAGCUCUUCAAGCCCAGAUAAAACAUUUAUCUUUGUAAAUAGUCGACCAGUGCAUCACAAAGAUAUACUUAAGCUUGUCAAGCAGUACUACACCAACAGUCACUCCAAUAAUGACUCAGUAAGCCGGCGGUAUCCCUAUUUGAUGAUAAACAUCACCAUACCUGCAUCGACUGUGGACAUCAACUUGACACCAGACAAAACCCAAGUGAUGCUUCAGGAUAAGGAAGAAGUGAUGUUGGCCGUGGAGGCCAUGUUGAUCUCCUUGUAUGGGUCUUACUCCAUUGGGGAUGACAAACUCAAAACGGGGGAAAACAUCUCCGAGCGUGAGCAAAAUCAACACAGGGUUUGUACCGAUGAGGAACAGCCCACCACAGAUAUUAGUUUGAUGGGCCCACCUGAACAGCCCACCACAGAUAUUAGUCUGAUGGGCCCACCUGAACAGCCCACCACAGAUAUUAGCUUGAUGGACCCACCAAAACAUCUUGAACAUUCUUCCACAAAUACAAGUAAACAUGAGGUAUCUUUGAACACUACCCCAAACACCAGCUCUUCCUCGUCUUCCGAUGAUUGGAUAAUCAACAGAAGAUCAAGUGAUUUUGACAGUAUCAAUUCCUCAUCUGUUGAUGACGUUGCAAUGAACUCAACAACGGAUCUUAACUGUGACUCUCCAAAGGCUUCAAAGAGAGAUAGUGGCCCUAAUUUAGAGAAUGACCUAUCUGCUGAGAGUUGGAGCAUGGGCAAAUGCUUCUCAAAUCAAAUCACAGGAGAGGACCUAGAACCUGUGAAACUCUAUCUCCCGAACGCUGAGCAAGACAGCAGAGAGCCUACAACGAUUAAGAAGACCAGUCCUUCCAAGACAUCAUCUUACUCGAUCAUGGAGAAGAUGGCCAAGCUGACAGCCUUCGACCUGAUCAGCAACCGCUCCAUGCGUCAGCCUCUGUCUGCCUUUUCGCUGUUUGAGCAAGACACCAGAUCGCAAGUCCUCGAGGAGAACCCGAAGGCCAGUCUUCAGGAUGUCACAAAUGCUGUAAAAGAGCGAUGGGAAUGCCUGGGGGAGGAAGACCGAAAGAAGUAUGAAAGCAAGGCGGAAAAAUCUCUGAACUACUACAACGUUCAAAGGAAGAGGGCAACAGAGAGAGGUGGCCAGUGUGCAGAGGGCAAGAAGCAGAUGAACGCCAGCUCUUCGUUGAACAAAGCUCAAGGCGUGAAGCGCAAGGCCCCCCUCGCCAACCAGCAGGCCCUGGACAAACUUUUCUCCGCACAGCCCCCGAGCAAGAGGAGCCCUGCCAAGCUCUCCAAACCCCUCCCGUUCAGUAUUGAGACCCUCAAGCGGAGUCUUAACCUCCUCUCCAACCAGAAGAGCUCGGGCGCGCAGGGCCUCAGGCUUGUAAACCGCUUGGCUUCUCACGGUGCCUGGGUCGUUUCAUGCGGCAGAAAGCUCAUGUUGUUGAACCCGUUUCGAGUGGAGGAGGCCUUGCUGUUUAAAAGACUUCUGAAGAAUAAUAUACUUCCAACAGCGCGACCGCAGACCCCCGUACAGCUGACAGAUGGGGUACUUGGUGGGCAGGAGUACAUGGAUAUACUCAUGAACAUGCAGAAAGGCAGUCCCUGUCGUAAUGGAGGCAUCUACUUUACUGAUCCUAGACUUGUAGCAAAUGGUUUUCAAAUCAAGCUAAUUCCAGGUUCCCCGUCUACUGAGAGAUGUCUUGAAGUGACGGGCAUGGCUGACUGCAUGCCUUUCUACGGGAUAGGAGACCUGAGGGAGAUUCUGCAGGCUGUUAAAGGCCGGGAUGCAAAAACUGUGGAGCACUGCAGACCUCUUAAAGUGUCAAACUACCUAGAGGGUGAGGCGGUAAGACUAGUCAGACAGCUACCUCUGAAUCUCUCCAGAGCUGACGUUAAAAACACACUUUGCCGAAUGAAAGAGGAACUUAACGCAGAAUGUCAGGUCUGCCUUCACGGACGACCAUUUUAUCAUGAUCUUCUCACUGUUCCUGAAACAGAAGAGGACGCUCUCAAGAUCAUGUCUUAUUCUCAUUAAGGCUUACAAGAUCUUAAUUAUGAAGCAACAUUGUCAUAUAUUUCUUUUAGUUUCUAUCUGUGUCUUAUAGAGUUCUGUGUUCUGGAAAAUAAAUGUUUUCAGGAUGAAUAA